UGGAGAUGCUGCCAUCUGGCGUCUAAUUUGGGUAAACACGCCACCUUUUUGUCUUCAAAACUGUCUAAAAAUCUCAUAAAUCUCUCCAAACAGCACCUUCGCUGUGUGGACGUGUGUUAAUGAUAUAAUAAUUAACAGCCUUCUGUCUAAACCUACAAUGGCGGCACCCUUUUCACCAAACGGUCAGAGGAGCCUCCGGUUCGGCGAGGCCUCGUCUGACAUUCUAUCAGACUUUCUAACUAACCUCGACAACGGAAACAAACGCAGCCUGGAGAGAAUUUCAGCCGCCUGUGGGCAGUUUAAAGCUAAAAAAGUGGUUGAACAUGCUUUUCUUAUUUGUGAGCAGUUGGAAUUGGACCCUUUAGUUGGUUAUCACGCCAUUGAAAUACUGGACAGGUUUAUGGUGAAGCAUAUUGAGAAUUUGUUCUCCAUCCAGAAGAGCAGGACCAGUGACGGCGCCUCCUGUGGAGCCAAAGAAAGCUAUGAAGAUCUUGUCUUCAAGAAUCUGGGUGACAAAUUCCGAAUCUUCCUCCUCUCAAGCGUGCAGAUAGCCAGCAAACUGGCCUUACACUCCAAGGCCGUCGACAACAACUCUGCGUCACGAUAUCUUCAGUCGCUCGGCAGCAGCUGCCCCAAAGAAAAGCUCCUGGAGUCAGAGCUCCUCAUCCUGAAAACUCUGGACUUCCAGCUGAACGUACCAAACCCUCUGCUGUAUGUUGAGACCCUCCUGGAAGUUCUGGGCCACAAUGACCCAACCACGCCUGUUGCGCAGCUGCACCACCUGGGCAAGUACGUUCUUCAGUUUAUCUACCUGCAGAGGGAGCCGAUCUACCAGUCCCUGCUGGUGGCUGCUACUGGGCGUCUCAGCCCGUCUCCAGAGCAAAGGGCGAACUUUAUGUCGGUGACUGAGGACUGCAUGCUGUUAGGAGUCGGAGUCAUCGCAGUGUCGGCUUUCAUCUACCAAGCGUCUGCCUGGGAGAAGGUGGUGGAGGAGCUCACUCUGAUCACUGGUUUCUCAGCAAGGAGCAUCAUGGACUUUGCUCAUGUAACUCUGACGCACAUCACCAAGAACAGAGAACCAUGA